GCGUUUGUAGUGUAGUCAUGAUGACGUGUAUGCCGUCAAAGAUGCUGCUGCUGCUGUGCCUGGCAGGCUUGAGCCUGCUGGCAAUGCAUGUCCAUGCCGAUAACCACGCCGUGGCGCUAGUUCCUGUCCACACGGACUCUUGUUCCGCGGAUGGAGGAGCGACCUGCGACGCGAGCCAAACUGGAAAAGCCGAUGACGUGGCAAAGACUGCUAUCUUUGAGCCUACCCACGAAUGGAAAGAGAUCCAAGCACACGAACACAUCCCAGGGGGCCUGCAUGUGCGCGUGAAUUUGCAGACCGGCUUGAAGGAGGCCAAACUGUUGGAGGACGACGCCAACCAGGACAAAGCCGCAGGGCCACCUCGGCGCCACACAGGCAUCACCACCACCGACAUCUACCACACGGAAACCUCCAUUUCCACCGACAACAACGACGAACAUGACGAAGCUUCAUCGAACGGCGCUGUCCGCGACGCCAGCGGCCACGUGAUUGGCGAAUCCCUGUACAACGUGCUGGCUCAACUGCCCGAACCGCCCCAGCUGGACGGCAUGAACAUCCACGAAGCGUAUGGGAAGCUGACCAAAGAGCAGUUUUCCGCGUUCAUUGCCAAGGUGUGGAAGGCGCGGCAGGCAGAACUCAAGGAAGCGUCGGCGCAGAUCCGCGACGAGGUCAAGUACAUGCAAGAACUGAUUGACACGCUCGUGACGCCCACGACGGGGGACGUCGACGUGCAUGAAGCCAAUGUCAUCGAUGCGCUGGAAAAGCUGGAGUGGGAAGUGCAAGACCUGGACAAGGCCAAAGACUUCAACACCCUCGGGGGACUAGAAGCCACGGUGCACCACCUCAACGCCUCAAGCUACAAAGUGCGCAGCAUGGCGGCGUGGGUGGUGGGGAGUGCCGUGAAGCACUACGAACAAGCCCAGACAUGGGCGUUGCAAGCUGGCGCGAUGCCGAAUGUGCUGCACUCCCUCGUCGUGGACCCUCACGAAGAAGACCAAGCCGAUACAGUGUACGCCAUGCAAAGGAAGAUGCUGUACGCGCUGUCGGCCCUAACCCAAGCCAACGACAAGGCGCAAGCGCUGUUGCUACGCAACGACGGCGUUCAUAUUCUGGCCAACAUCAUGCAAGAUGCUCGGCGCCCGGCGACCCUUCGACACAAAGUACCCCCCCCCCCAUCAUUCCACAUCAUUCCCUCUAUACUCAAAGUCGUCGUGGUAGGCGCUUCAACUGGCGCUGCAUUUGGUCUUGGAAGCGCGGACCGCCGCGUCUGAGGAUGGGCAGCAUCCGUUGCACGCUCUGCAUCAUGCGUUCACAUCGCCCGCGUUUUGCGAAGCGACAAAGUCGUUUGUGCAAACUCCUAAUUUGAAUGUGCGCCAACAAGGAGAUGCGAUCGACCUGGUGGCGUUCCAACUGCCGUCGUGCCGCCACGUGUACGAGCCCGCGCUGCUCCCGACCCUCCAUGCCAUCAACCAGACCUGGUUUCAAGACCGUGACCUGGACAACGAAGUCAAAGCCCACAGCAUGCACAAGCUUGCCGUACUCGUCCAGGCGCUGCAAGAGCCCAACCAUGACACGCGUUGACAGUGUUGCAACCAUAAAUAUAUAUAUCCAUGAAAUAUGAAAAAAUAAUACUAUUUUGCCAC